AAGUACAGCGAAUGAAUGAAUGAAGAUUUUAAUCAGUGUAACGCAGAAUUGGCUCUAUUACCUUUUCUUCCUGUAACCUUGUCAACUAUUGACCACUACGCUUCUUCUUUUACACCACCCACAGUGGCAAACAAAGUCCCAAAAUAUCUAACAACGUUUUUUUAUUGCAACCUAGAGGGGAAACCUUUUAAUGUAGUGGAAGAAGAAUGCGAACGUGUGUUGCAAUUAGUAACCCUAACUCGUGAUGAGCAAGAUGCAGUUGAACUGGUAACAAGAAAUCAAAGUUCCUGCGAAGAAUGGGGCAAUCAACGAGGUGGACGUAUAACAGGAACUAAGAUCUUCCGUGUCACAAAAUUCGAUUUUUCAAAACAAUUAACUCCUGGAAGCACACAAUUCAUUUUAGAAAUAUGCUACCCAGAGAUUAGUAAGUUCAAUGGUAACAAGUAUACCAGGUACGGAAUCAAAAAUGAGCCACUUGCAGCCAAAAAGUUUUCAAGUCAUGUUAAAGAAAACAAUCUACAUUCUAAUUUUGAUUGCAAAUGUGUUGGAUUAAUUAUAUCCAUCACUCACCCUUUUCUGGCAGCGUCACCUGACCGUAUCUGUCACUGCGAAUGUCAUGGGAAAUUCGUACUGGAAAUUAAAUGCCCUUUCCGCGUAAGCGGUUUGAAGAUCAAAGAAUACUCUCUUAAAAACAAAGAUUUCUUUCUAAAAGUGAAUCAUUCCACAGACAAUAUGUAUCUAGAGAAAGAUCACGAAUACUAUUACCAGAUACAACUUCAAAUAUUCGUAGCAGAAUGCAGAGAAGCGGUACUUGCUGUUUUCAACGGUUACCAGGAUAUGGAAUAUGUAACGAUCAAACGUGAUGAAGAAUUAAUUGAAAAGAUGAUUUCCAAAGGAAAGUUGUUUUUUCUUAGGUACUUACUGCCUGAGGCAAAAAUUCUUCCAAACAGCGUUUUAUCUUCAACUGCAAGCACACAUCCAACUCUAAAUCAGUUUAUUUUCUCUUGCCAAGAUAACACCAAAACUGAUGAAACAGUUUCUUGUUCAAGUGAAUUGUGCGUAAUCAAAAUUUACCACAAAAAAUGUACGAAAUCAAUUAGGUUCCCAACAAACUGGAUGUGUGUUUCUUGUAAAAAAGAAACUGCCAAAUUGAAAAGAUUGGUUAAAAAAAACCGUGAAAAAGCUACAUCUACUACUUCAUUGAACAAUGAAACUCAACAACCACUUCCUACUACAGUUGUUAUUAGUAAUGCCAAAGAUGACCAACAGCUGCAGAACACACCUGAACUAAUAAACAUUGAUAAGCCUACCUCCGAUGACUCAAACAAAGAGAAUACUGAUCCCUCCGCCUUAAUUGUUUCCGGUAAAAAAACACGUGGCCGUCCAAAGAAAAAGCUCUCACAAACAACGUUAAAUAAUCCUGUAAAUAAAACAUUGAAAGUGUUGGGGACAAUAAAUAUUUAAUUAUUC